AUGUCGGAUCUACCCAAAUAUAAUGGGACCACAGAUCCUCAAAAGCAUGUGACCUCAUACACAUGCGCUGUUAAAGGGAAGGAUAUGCAUCCAGAUGAGAUUGAGUCUGUUUUACUCAAGAAGUAUAGAGAAACAUUGUCUAAAGGUGCAAUGAUUGGGUAUUUAUUGCUUUCGGAGCAUUCAAUUCAUUCUUUUGAAAUGCUUUCAUCAAAGCGCAUGCUGGAGGAAAGAAGGUUCCAGAAGGAACGGAUGCUGCUACUAGCUGUCCCGGACAAAUGGACAGCAGAGACAUUUACCAAGGGAUUGAAUCCUAAAAGUUCGAGUGCCUCAUUAAAGCUGAAAGAAAACCUAUUAGAAUUUCUCGCUACAACAUGGGAGGAUAUUCAUAAUAGGCAUGAAUCAAAAAUUCGAGUGGAAGAUGACCAAUUCGGGUUGCCGGCAGGGUCAAUUGGUCAGGUUCGAACCCAUGACAAGCCUAGGAGAAAUGUUGAUCCUGAGUUUGGGUUUAGGAAGGAAAGGUGGCUUGAUCCUAUACGAAUGGAUCCUAGCCACAAAAAUCCAAAUUUAAUUUGUGAUUUCUACGGGACUCAUGGGCAGCAGACUGCUGAUUGUCAUCACCUUAGAGAUGAGAUUUCAAGGUUAUUGAAGAACGGGCAUUUAAGGGAAUUUCUAAGUAAUAGAGCCAAGGAUGGUUAUAGAAAGAGCAAAAGUUCGAGUAGGCAUUUUGAUCAGGUCGAGCCUACUCAGUUGAUCAACAUGAUAAUGGGGAGAACCGAGAUUGCGGGAACGCCUUUCAUCACAAAAAGGAUGAAUUUUUCAAUAACUCGGGAGAAAAGAUCGCGGAGCUUUGUCCCAGAAGAAGAAAUCAUAUUCACCGAUGAAGAUGUAGAUGGCGUUACUCUUCCCCACAAUGAUGCUUUGGUGAUCUCUGUUAUGAUUGUCGAUUGUAAAGUCAAACGAAUAUUGAUUGAUCCGGGUUGUUUAGCAAACAAAUUCCGGUGGAAAGCGGUUAAUUAA